AUGUUCUUUCCUCAACUGUCACAGUCUACAGUGUCGGAUGGAGGAUUACCUUACCUCAAUUACCUUGAUUUGGAUUGCUCUAGGAUUGGAAAUGGGGUUGUAAUAUUACUUUUAACUAAGCAAAGAAAGUCUCUCGAACCACAGGAUAUCUUAACUCUCAACCUUGCCAUUUCUGACGCCAGCAUUGCUAUUUUGGGAUAUUCUCGAGGAAUCCUUGAAGUUUUCGAUGUGUUCAGAGAUAAUGAAGGCUAUCUUAUAAAGACAUUUUGGACUUGCAAGGUGGAUGGAUUCCUAAUCCUGCUCUUCGGACUCAUCAGCAUCAACACACUGACAGCCAUCAGUGUCAUCCGCUACAUCAAAGGUUGCCACCCUCAGCAUGCUCAUCAGGUCAUCAAGCGUAAUAUCUGCCUGGUCAUAACUGCGGUCUGGCUGUUCUCUCUGUUCUGGGCUGGAGCUCCGCUGCUGGGCUGGGGCAGUUACAGAGCUAGCAGGUUUGGGACAUGUGAAAUCGACUGGACACGAGCGCUGUACUCCGUUCCGUUCAAGCUCUACGUCAUCAGCAUUUUAUUCUGAGAUGCCUUCGUGCCGCUGUUCAUUAUAGUUUUCACGUAUGUGUCCAUCAUCCGCACGGUCAGCUCCAGCCACAAGUUCAGUCAGGGAGGAGAUGUUAGCGAGAGGCAGAAAAAGAUUGAACGCAGCAUCACACAGGUUUUCCUCAUUGUGUGUGCGGCCUUCCUGUUGGCCUCGUCCCCGUACGCAGUCAUUUCCAUGUGGUCUGCCUGGGGUUACCAAGUACCCCCACUCAACGGCAUCCUGGCAAGCCUAUUCGCCAAGUCAGCAAGUUUCUACAAUCCGUUUAUCUACAUUGGCAUGAGCUCUAAGUUCCGGAAGGACUUGCAGGCUCUGUUUUACUGUCUCAGACCCACAUCAGCGCACAGGCACACCCCUCCUGUGCCAUUGGCCCGGCCUGGUGAUGUGCAGCUCGAUGUGGAUGGCUUUAGGGAGGAUGAGCCGGUAGAGAUGGACCAUAAGGCAAGUGAAAGCAGCCCAGAGCAGAGCCCUCCUUAAUCAGAACGCCAGUGUAGCCCUUUAACAGAGUCACAUAAGAGUGUCAGUCCUCAUGGAUUAAUGAAGAAACUCAGCGACUCUGGAAGACUUUAGCUGUCUUUCUUAUGUUAGUUUAUGUGCUCUAAAUGUUUAUAUAAGAUGAUGAUGAUGAUGAUAAAUAGUAUUAUGAUGAUAAAGUACAUUCACUUCAUGUAUUAUCUUAAUUUCACAACAAAUACAAACAGAUUGGGACACUCCAGGCUACUAGUGAGUCAUUUGUACAAAUGCUUCAUGUUGAACGUUAGGUCAUUGUGUGAAUCCAAUAAAAUUGAGGUUAAUGGGCCUAUUUCGCUUCAUCUCUGUCUCUGUGGUUUGUGAAGUGUUGACACACAUUUAAUGGUAAGUCUGUAUUACAUCCUCCUCAGUUUAGGGUUAGGGAGGAGUGAUAAAUG